AUGUCCAGGAAGCACUCCAGCUCUCAGAGAGCCCAGACACUGCCCUCCAUGACCACAGAGUACCAGGAGAGGUUCCUCCCUCCUCACUGCCACACUACUGUCGUCUCAGCCUUGACGCUGAAAAACCAUCCACUGAAGGGGAUGGGUGACGAUGGGACCACUUUUAAGUCAUACUAUGUUGCCCACAAAUGGAACAAAAACCCACAAAAGGAGCCGCUGUCGUCUUUGCCACUCAAAGGCCACCAAAGAUGCAGCAGUGCUCCUCAGGAUGCUACUGAGGACUACACAUCCGUGUACCAGAAUGAUUUCCGAGAGUGGGCAAUAAGCAAGCGCCAGCCGUGUAAGCUGAAUGACAGCUUAAAAGUCAAACUAGGAUUAAUUGUCCCAAGAGGUACUCCAAAAGAAGGCCACUCCCAGAAUAUAUCUGUGCAAAGGGAUGCCAACUCCAAACCAGUCCCACAGGAAGAAGAACCAAAACCAAUUGAAAGCAUCACGAGCUACAGAUCUCACUACAUCACCCAUCCAGUGCAGCCCAGGAUGCGCAGGGAGAAGCCUAUGAAUCAAACCAACAAAGGUCUGCUGGCCUCCGUUGGGCCAAAGUUUGCCUGGCAGAUAAACCAAAAGCUUAUUGAUGGAGAGGAUGAAUUCUUUCAGCAGUUCAAAACCUGGUCCCUUGAAACCAAGUUCCAUGGCAAAGGUAAAGCCAAAGUGUCCAGUCCACCAGCAGAUCACAAGGCAUUUGUGUCCACAGUACAUGUGAACUACAAGCCACACGAGUGCCAGCGCACAGAGCCCAUCCAGCCGUCUGUGCAAAGCAGGGAGAAAGGCAGGGAGCCUUUUCACUCAAUGACUAGCAUGAAGGAGGAUUGCAAAUUCUGGGACACACUGCAACACAUCCCCAUUGUCCACAAAGAAGAGAUGGAGCAGUCUAAGAAAACUCCCCACUCAGUGUGCACACCUAAGCCUGCUGAAAGAUGCAAAACAAACCCAAAACCUUCAAACGCCCAUUCCAAGCUGAAUGAGACGGCCGCCUCUAACUCCAGAGAGAAACUUCAACGUCCUGCUGAGAAUGGAGCAUUUUCAGGUUUUGAAAGCAUCUCCAGCGGGACUGAGGAAUCCAGGAUGUACUGGUCCACCUCUUUGGACAGAGGAGUGACUUGGCCUGAUGGCGACACUUGUGAUGACCUGUCUCAGCCCCAACAAAUAAUCAGCUGCAUGGUUUCGAGCAGAAGCUAA